UCUGCCUGAUACCGAGCACGCUGCCGACAGCUGGACAAUAUGAGGCUAGCACUGCUGUGUGUCGCAGCCCUGGGACUGCUGUCUGCCUCCAGUGCCGACCGCAGUGACGAGUGGGGCGCUGCCAGCGCGGAGCCCACGGAGCAGCCGUGUCCCGACACCUGCCCCUCUGUACACCGGGCCGUGUGCGCGGAGAGCCACUGGCCCCGUGACACCAUCUGGUUCAGCAACCCCUGCUUCAAGCGCAUGUGCGAGUGCCGUUUGGGAAAGUCGCUGACCGUACGGGAGAAGAGCGUGUGCCGGCAGCGAGACGCGCAGUGGGACCUGUGUCCCAUGUACCCUCCUGUCAUCCCGCCACGCUCACUCAGCUGGAAACAUAAGUUGCUGGAGCGACAGGAAAACAGCGACGAAGCUUACUCGUCAGAGUAGCGCAGCCGCCCCAACCGUCUCAUCCGUAACGAAACAAUGAGGCUGAUUUGUUCAACUCUGUGUACAGAAGAACUGAAGUACUCUUACUUCUGGAGUCCAUUAAAUAGCAAAUGUAAAUGAA